AUGGCGUGGAACGUCGCCAAUUUCGUCACACUCGCGGUCUUAUUCGCCUUCCUGUCAAUUAUUUCAAUUGCUUUGAGAUUUUGGUCUCGUAGAGUCAACAAAACCAAGCUCGGCAUUGACGAUGCGCUCAUAAUACCGGCAACGCUAUGCGUGGUAGGAAUAGCAGUGACAAUGAUAGUUGGGACUGCGCUCGGAGAGAUGGCACAACAUCAAAAGCUCGAAAUUGGACCAGGAGGGCCAAUAUACAAUAAUUCUCGUGCCACAUACGAGAAAUGCAACUAUGUUCUACAACUCCUAUCAUUGGCGUCGCUAGGCUGCAGCAAGACCUCAGUCUUAUUCUUCUACCGGCGGAUUUUCUCAAUUCACAAGCGUUUCGAGCUUAUAAACACAACCCUAAUAGUGCUUAUCAUAGCCUGGGCGGUAUCCUUUUUCUUCGCGACUGCAUUCCAAUGCAAAGACCCUGUGACCUUUUGGACGACAUUUGAGUAUCCAAGAGUAAAUUGUGUUGACGCAUAUUCCUUCUAUUACUCUGUAUCGACCACCGGCUUCAUUACUGACUUAAUGAUCUUAUCGUCACCUAUUCCGAUCAUUUGGCAGCUGCAGAUGCCACUGAAGAACAAGCUAGCCGUGGCAUGUAUACUGUUACUUGGAGCAGUCGUAUGUGGAGCUGGAAUCGCUCGCUUCGUGACGUUUAUUAAUGUCGGUCGUGGCUUCAUUGCCAAUAUACAUGACGUUACUUACUUCACCACACCUGUAUUCGCGUGGACAAUGAUCGAGAGCUCUCUCGCCGUGGUCAGCGCCAACCUCCCUAUUCUCCGCCCCCUCCUACAAAAGCAGACAUACACCGAUUCCUACCUCUGGUCGAUGCUCCGCAGUACCCUGCCUUUGAUGGCAGGCUACAACCAGCAAACGCCCAAGAGCGGCAGCAAAGCCUCACUGCCACGGAAGUUCCACCAUGCGGGCAAGGACGGGUCGAGUGGAUACCAGGUCUCCAUGGACGGCGUGCAGAUGGAACCAGUGCCGCCGCUAGAUCACAAUAUCUAUAUGCAGCGCGAGUAUGAGGUAGCUUAG